ACACGAGUAUGUUUCUGUAUGUUCAACAGCUGUUAUUUUGUGUGUUCCUGCAGAUCAGUAUUUUGGAGCGUCAGAUCUUUGACUUCCUGGGCUACCAGUGGGCGCCCAUCCUCACCAAUUUCAUCCACAUCAUCACAGUGAUCCUGGGCCUCUUCGGGACAGUGCAGUUCAGACCCAAAUACGUCACAGGGUAUGCAGUCUGGCUGGUACUGUGGGUGACCUGGAAUGUCUUCAUCAUCUGCUUCUACCUGGAAGUAGGAGACCUCUCAAAGGACACGGACCUGAUCAUGACCUUCAACAUCUCAAUGCAUCGCUCCUGGUGGAUGGAGAACGGCCCGGGGUGCCGCGUGACCCCCGUCACCCCGCCCCCUUCCUGGGCGCCCGAGGACCACCGCUACAUCAGCAUUGCCGGCUGCCUGCUGGAGUACCAGUACAUGGAGGUGGCACACAGCUCCCUGCAGAUCCUACUGGCUCUGGCUGGGUUCAUUUACGCCUGUUAUGUUGUGAAGCUCAUUUCAGAAGAGGAGGACAGUUUCGACUUUAUAGGCGGUUUCGACUCCUAUGGAUAUCAGGGGCCUCAGAAGACAUCGCAUUUGCAACUACAACCGAUGUACAUGUCAAAGUAACAAGGACACACUGCCUUAUGAACCAAUCAAAUGGGAGAAGGAACUGCUAUUUCAACGAUUCUUUUUUUCUUUUGUCAUAUUUCUUAAAUGUCUUAAUGCUAGUAGUGUCUUACAAACUUAUUCAAGGAAGGGCCAGGCAUGGACACUUCAACCUGAGAGACCCAAACACAUGAACAGACAGCCAAGCAAAUGAACACACACUGGAUUUCCUUUGUCUCUGCCCUGCCCUGUUUUUUUUAAUCAUUGUGCUGGUCCCUCUUCUGCUAGUGGCUGGCAAGUAGGAGCAUCUGCAGGAACAACAGCACCCCCUUGAGGACAAGACUGUAACUGCAGACCUCUAUCAACAUACAAUAGGGGUUUUCCCCCUUAUUCUAUCCUCUAACAAUGGCAGAGAAAAUGGACUGAGGGAGUGGACGGAUAUAUAUUCCUUCAGAUGUUACAUGGAAAG